UCCAAGGCAAGGAGAAUCCGAAAACGCCCGAAGGUGGAGGAAGCGAGGUAACCAAGUCACGUGACCGCAGCACCCGUUGCCGCUGCUUCCCCUGACUUUCUGCCAUUAUGGCGGAGCGGCCGGCCGCACGGAUGGACAGCCUCUCCCUUUCGGAUGCCUGUUUUGUGUCUUGAGGGAGGGCCUUUCAUUUUCCCUUUUAGUGGCUUUUCCCCCGUCGACCCUGCUUCCCCACCGCUCGCGUGUUUUUCGGCGAAGUCAUGGCAGACCGCAGCGUGGAUUUAUCCGCCCUGCCGAAGGCGGUUCGAGACCAAUUGGCGGAGUUGGACUUGGAGCUAUCCGAAGGUGACAUCACACAGAAAGGCUUUGAGAAGAAAAGAGCAAAGCUGCUGGCCUCCUGUUUGACCAAUACAGAUGUGACGCCACCAGAUUUGCAGCUUUCUGAAGGCCAAAGCAUCGAGCCCACGCCAAGUCCUGAGGCCCCGGGCCCCUCCAUAUCUUCAGCUGCCAAACACCACCGAGCACACCGGAGUGGAGGGGCCAGAGAUGAGCGCUACAGAUCAGACAUUCACACAGAAGCAGUGCAGGCAGCAUUAGCUAAACACAAAGAGGAGAAGAUGGCCCUGCCCAUGCCAACCAAGCGACGCUCAGCCUUUGUCCAGUCUCCUAGUGAUGCUUGCACACCUCCAGACACAUCUUCUGCAUCAGAGGAUGAGGGCUCACUGCGCAGAAAAGCCGCACUUAGUGCGGCUCUGGCCCAGGGCCUGCAGAGUCCCGAUUACUGGAUCAACCGUUCCGUCCAAAGCUCCUCCACGUCUUCAUCAGCGUCGUCUACCCUCUCCCACGGAGAACCGAAGAGCCAGCCCCAGCCUCCACUUCAGCCUGCUGCUUCAGUUCUGGCUGAUGUACUAGCACACAUGCGCAUUGAGAACAGUGUCCCUCCAGAUGUGACAUCAACUUCCACUGCCCAGGACAGAGGCUCGAGAAUGGAUUUACCUCCUGCGGUCAGGGGCAUGAGCCGUGGGCAGAGCCGCUCAAGCAUGCUGGAUACUGCUGAUGGUGUUCCUGUCAAUAGCAGAGUGUCCACUAAGAUUCAGCAGUUGCUAAACACACUCAAACGGCCCAAACGACCACCACUCAGUGAAUUCUUCCUUGACGACUCUGAGGAGAUAGUCGAAGUUCCCCAACCAGACCCCAACACGCCUAAACCAGAGGGCCGUCAAAUCAUCCCAGUAAAAGGGGAGCCUUUGGGUGUUGUUAGUAACUGGCCUCCUGCCCUACAAGCAGCCCUGGCCCGCUGGGGGGCCACCCAAGCCAAGAGCCCUGCCCUCACUGCGCUGGACAUCACAGGAAAACCCCUCUACACUCUCACAUAUGGUAAACUGUGGAGCCGCAGUCUGAAACUGGCGUACACACUACUUAAUAAAUUGGGCACAAAGACUGAACCUGUGCUACAACCUGGAGAUAGAGUGGCGCUGGUUUACCCAAACAGUGACCCGGGUAUGUUCUGGGUUGCGUUCUAUGGCUGUUUGUUGGCUGAGGUCAUCCCUGUGCCUAUUGAAGUACCACUUUCGAAACAAGAUGCCGGCAGCCAGCAGAUUGGCUUCCUCUUGGGCAGCUGUGGUGUCAGUCUGGCACUGACUAGUGAGGUGUGUCUUAAAGGGCUGCCCAAGACACCAAAUGGAGAGAUCAUCCAGUUCAAAGGAUGGCCAAGAAUGAGAUGGGUGGUGACAGAUACAAAGUACCUGACCAAACCUUCCAAAGACUGGCAGCCACAUAUUCCCACCGCCAACACGGACACUGCCUACAUCGAGUACAAAGCCAGUAAGGAGGGGACUGUGAUGGGUGUGGCUGUGUCCAAGAUCUCCAUGCUGACGCACUGUCAAGCACUGACGCAGGCCUGUAACUACUGCGAAGGUGAGACUCUGGUCAAUGUGUUAGACUGCAAGAAGGACAUGGGCUUGUGGCAUGGCGUCUUAACGAGUGUCAUGAAUAGAAUCCACACCAUUACAGUGCCAUACUCCGUCAUGAAAGCCUGUCCCAUGUCCUGGGUGCAGAGGGUGCACAUUCACAAAGCCCGUGUGGCCUUGGUAAAGUGCCGUGAUCUUCACUGGGCAAUGAUGGCCCACAAAGAUCAGAGGGACACCAAUCUGUCCUCGAUACGGAUGCUCAUAGUAGCUGAUGGAGCAAAUCCUUGGUCCGUGUCAUCAUGCGAUGCCUUCCUGAAUGUGUUCCAGUCUCACGGUCUAAAGCCUGAGGUCAUCUGUCCAUGUGCCACCUCACCCGAGGCCUUGACGGUGGCCAUUCGCAGACCUGGCGUAAGAGGAGCUCCUCUGCCAGCCAGGGCCAUCCUAUCUAUGGGGGGGCUAAGCCACGGCGUGAUCCGAGUCAACACCGAAGACAAGAAUUCGGCUCUCACUGUUCAAGACGUUGGCCACAUAAUGCCUGGAGCUCUGAUGUGUAUUGUGAAACCUGACGGCUCCCCUCAGCUGUGCAAAACGGAUGAGAUAGGAGAGAUUGUGAUCAGCUCCCGAGCAGGGGGUACCAUGUACUAUGGACUUCCUGGGGUCACAAAAAACACUUUUGAGGUGAUACCUGUCAACCAGUCUGGAGCGCCUUUAGGAGAAGUUCCCUUCACCCGAACAGGAUUGCUUGGAUUUGUUGGCCCAGGCAGCCUGGUAUUUGUUGUAGGUAAGAUUGAGGGGCUGCUGAUGGUGAGCCGGCGACGUCACAAUGCUGAUGACCUGGUGGCUACCGCUCUCGCUGUGGAGCCUGUGAAAACAGUUUACAGGGGCAGGAUCGCCGUGUUUUCAGUGACUGUGUUUUAUGAUGAGAGGAUUGUGAUAGUGGCAGAGCAACGGCCUGAUGCCAGUGAGGAGGACAGCUUCCAGUGGAUGAGUCGAGUUCUUCAAGCCAUCGACAGCAUCCACCAGGUGGGCCUGUACUGUCUCGCUCUGGUGCCUGCCAACACCCUCCCAAAGACGCCCCUUGGCGGCAUCCACAUCUGCGAAACCAAGCAGAAUUUUCUGGAGGGAAACCUGCACCCCUGCAACAUCCUUAUGUGCCCGCACACCUGCGUCACCAACAUGCCCAAACCACGACAGAAACAGCCUGUGGAUGUUGGGCCAGCAUCUAUGCUGGUGGGUAACCUUGUGGCAGGAAAACGUAUCGCCCAGGCUACAGGCAGAGAACUGGGUGUCGUUGAAGACCAGGACCUAAUUCGGAAGCACCAGUUCUUAUCUGAUGCACUCCAAUCGAGAGCCCAGACCGACCCAGAUCAUGUUCUCUAUGUGCUCCUGAAUGCGAAGGGGGUGGCGGUGUGCACAGCCACCUGUGCUCAGCUUCACAAGCGGGCAGAGAAAAUCACAGCCACCCUCAUGGAGCGAGGAGGCCUCAACACCGGUGACAACGUGGUGCUGCUUUAUCCCCCAGGCAUUGACCUAAUAGCUGCCUUCUAUGGCUGCCUCUAUACCGGUGUGGUCCCUGUGACUGUGAGGCCUCCCCACCCACAAAAUCUGGCGGCCACUCUACCCACUGUCCGCAUGAUCAUUGACGUGAGCAAAGCAGCCUGCAUCCUCACCACUCAACCUCUCAUGAGGAUCCUCAGGUCCAGGGAAGCUGCCGCCAGCGUCAAUGUCAAGACGUGGCCCACCAUCAUCGACACAGAUGACCUACCAAGAAAGCGACCACCACAAAUCUAUAAGCCCCCAACAGCCGAGAUGUUGGCUUACCUGGACUUUAGUGUGUCUACUACGGGCAUGUUAACUGGAGUAAAGAUGUCUCAUGCUGCAGUCAGCACACUAUGCCGUUCCAUCAAGCUGCAGUGUGAACUCUACUCUUCACGCCAAAUAGCCAUCUGCCUGGACCCGUACUGCGGCCUAGGCUUUGUCCUGUGGUGCCUCUCCAGUGUUUACUCAGGUCAUCAGUCAAUACUCAUCCCUCCCUUGGAGCUGGAAAGCUCACUUCCGCUGUGGCUGAGCACACUCAGUCAGUACAAGAUCCGAGACACCUUCUGCUCUUAUUCCGUCAUGGAGCUCUGCACCAAAGGCCUCGGGACCCAGACGGAGAUGCUGAAGGCACGUGGAGUGAAUCUAUCCUGCGUGCGCAGCUGUGUUGUAAUAGCUGAGGAAAGACCUCGACUAGCUCUGACGCAGUCCUUCUCCAAGCUCUUUAAAGAUGUUGGCCUGUCGUCACGAGCAGUCAGCACCGCUUUCGGCUCCAGGGUCAACCUGGCCAUCGGUCUUCAGGGCACAGCUGGACCAGACCCCUCCACCGUCUACGUGGACAUGAAGUCACUGCGUCACGACAGAGUGAGGCUGGUGGAGCGGGGAGCGCCACAGAGUCUUCCACUCAUGGAAUCGGGCACUAUUCUUCCUGGGAUGCGAGUUAUUAUCGUCAACCCAGAGACUCGAGGACCGCUUGGAGACUCCCAUCUCGGUGAAAUCUGGGUGAACAGUGCCCACAGCGCAAGUGGCUACUACACCAUCUAUGGGGAAGAGAGCUUGCAGGCGGACCAUUUUAACACCCGGCUCAGCUUUGGGGAUCCAAACACUCUCUGGGCCAGAACAGGCUACCUGGGCUUCAUCAAGAGAACUGAGCUGCUUGAUGCUAGUGGAGAUCGCCAUGAUGCCUUAUUUGUAGUUGGCUCCCUGGAUGAGACGCUGGAGCUAAGGGGCUUACGUUACCACCCCAUCGACAUCGAGACGUCCGUGUCUCGAACUCACCGCAGCAUCGCAGAAAGUGCCGUGUUCACUUGGACCAACCUACUGGUGGUGGUGGCUGAGCUGAGCGGCUCCGAGCAGGAGGCUCUGGACCUGGUGCCCCUUGUCACCAACGUGGUUCUGGAGGAGCACCACCUCAUCGUUGGCGUAGUGGUCAUCGUGGACCCUGGCGUAAUUCCCAUCAACUCCCGAGGGGAGAAGCAGCGGAUGCACCUGCGUGACUCCUUUCUGGCCGACCAGCUGGACCCCAUCUACGUGGCCUACAACAUGUGAUCUGAGGGAGAAGAAACAUUACGAGCAAUCAAAUUGGGCUUCCUUCCUCUCUCUCAUUGAUCAUCUUUUCAGUCAUAAUUUUAAACUUUUCCCCCCAUUCAUUUCUUUCCAUGUCAACAAACCAGCCUGACAUGUUUUUUUUAUUUGUACCGCCCGCCCCGACACCUUCCAAAAGGACCCUCACUUCUCAGUAGAAGGGCACACCAACUAGAAUUACUGAGAAGAGGCGGAACUUUUCUCCUUCCAUUGCACUUUAAGUCCUGGCACCUCCAAGUCCACUUCCUGUCUCCACAAGCGGAACACGCCCUAACUUCCAUAUUAGCGGCUGUCCCAGAGGCAAACGUCCGCUUCAGUAUUAACACGUGCUGCCAGCAGGUGGCGUCGUGAUACGCGCACAACUGCAACACAUGUUAGAAAAUGUCCGUCCUGAAAAUGCACUUGAAUGACAGUUAAGAUGAGAGCUAAUUGAUUGGUGACCAUUUAGCUGCUCUUUUUAAUGUCCUAUCAUGAAAACGCCCUGCCAAAUAUUUUGCUGCAGCCAGCUUGCAAUUGCAGACACAAAAUUGAGCAGGGUUUUUAUUUGACAGCACAAAUUGGGGGAUUUCCGCACAAUCCUUGCACAAUAAAUGCCUACCAGAGGACAGCUAGCUGCACAAUAAGGCCACCUCCACACCCACACGGAUAAUCACAAAAAUAUCAGAACUUUAAAAAAAAAGCUACAAUAAUUACCCACGCCUGGAAAAAGUACAAUACAUUUGCCCUAUUUGUGUUUUACUGACACCUGUUUUCAGGUGCAGUCCUAUCUAAUUCAAGUGAGCCUCUGUUGCUGUCCAGUUUUAUUACCAUGCCGACCAGGAGCCAAGCUUGGGCGCCAUGACAAGGCGAGCGGUUACUUUUUCACAUCUUAAAAAAGAGCCCUCUUGAAUAGGAAGUUAAAAUAUCAUUUGUGUUUUCACUGGCAGAAGCAGCACUUUACCUGUGUUAGCACUGCACCUCUACUGACCUAUUAGCUUUGACAUGAUCGUGCUUCCAAGUAGUCCAGCGACUGGUUUCUGACUGUGGAAUGGAGCUUCGGACAGCCUAGUUUCCAAGUCAUGGGGAUGAAAUUAUGCAAAUUUGCUGAACUGGUGCAUCACAAUCUUAUGAAAUUCAUAAGGGCUUGUUCACAGACAAAUUUGGGAAAAUAGGCAGCUAACAAAGGAUUCAUUUUACACUUGAUGGCCGUGUUGUGGCUGUAUGGUUUGUUUUUUGUUGUUGUUUUUAAUUAUUAUCCGUGUAAGUGUGGACCUGGUUUGCUUACGCUUGACCUAGUGCAUUCUCGUUGGAGCCAUAGUUUUCUAUGGUUAUGAAGUCACCGCCCACUUCUGUAGAAGUCCAAAUCGAUUAUAUUCCUGUCUCUGUGAAAAUAGCCUUGGCAUAAAUGACAACCGUGUUUCACGAAAAGAAAUACAACUGCAAUUAAAAAUAUCACUAAUAAGGACAGUGAUAUUGCACGUAGGGCGGAGAAACCUAAAAAUUGCAUGUUUUUUUUUUCUUCCAAUUUUCUUCCUGACAUCAUUCUCUGUCAUUGCGUCUAUUGCUGGCAAUGACAUGGCAGCCAAUAAGUUAAGAAUGACUGCUCCCGAAGAGGCACAUGACUUGGUCUUUGCAAGCACACUGUCCCAUUGAAGUCGGUCCGUUAGCACGUAAAAGCUGACCCAUUAGGGUUGGCACCCUGGUCAAACGAGUUGAUUAUUACAAAGCAGGGCCGAGUUUUUUCACAAGAAAACUCCAUUGCUACAGGAUGGAUUUACGUCAUUUAGAUAUCAGUGAGUGAGGACACAACUUUUGCCUUAUUAAAGCCUGUGGAACUUUUAAUUUGAAGCUCCUCGAGUCAUUAUAGGAACUAUAUUGCACCACGCCGGUUAUAGUUCUGCUCAAGCUGUCGUCAAAUAGUCCAACGCUUCCUGAAUGUCUAACACUGAAAACAAGGUAGGAAUAGCUUAAUUAACAACAAUGUAGGUGAUUAAUGAGGGUAAGGAUGUCAAUGUUUAUUCUGUAUUUUAGGUCAAAUACUGUUCUUACUGGUGUUAUUGUGUACAUGAAAAUAGUCGAGACAUGACUGAUCUUUCAUACUUGACAGCAUUUUUCUGCUUUCAUUUGCAAAAAAAAUAAAAAAUAACAUCAGACUUUUAUCAGACAAUUCUGGCAGGAACACCAUGCACUUUCCCUAUUACGGUUUGUUAUGUGUGUAUGUGUGAAUGAUUGGCUUUUAUGGUGAUUUUGUUUUUAUAAUCAUAAAACUGAAACUCAUUUAAAAAAGUUUGAAAUGUUUAUUUUUUAUGUCGCCGCCACUGUACUUUAACCCUUCUCAUCCAACUAUGGAAUUUAUGAUUCAGUAUGUCGUAGGGUUUUUGUUGCUCGUUUUCUUAGUGUGACCAACACCACACUGCUUGGAGUGUAUGCAACAGGCACGCGAGAAGCACUCAUGCGUAAGUGAAGCAUUUGAGCCACUUUGUGACUAUUCCUCUGUUGUAACUCUUACAAUUUUUUAAUAAAGUUUUAUAAUUUAA